AUGAAAACUACAUCUACAUCCAAGGCUACUACUGCUGCUCUUAACCCUCACAACAAACACACAUCUCGUCGUAACAAUAAGCAUAAGCAACAAUCACGUCGUCGUUCUUCUACAACAUCUACCAAUAGCAUCUCCUCUGUCACCCUUCCUGCUCAACAGAACUGGGAGCAUCAGAAGCAUGACCUGCUCACUAAAGCCACAUCAGCGCGAUCUCAUCACACUCCAGACGAGGAAAAGGAAGAGCCCGUCUUCAACAUUGUAUAUAGUGCGCCUACCGAUAUGAUCACUCCUCCUCCUUCCCCAAAAUCUUAUCCUCAAGCUCCUAUGACCUCUCAAGCAUUUGAAGCAAAUGACCGCAUCUUGACUGUGAAACGUCAUGGCCAACUCAAACUUCUCAUGUCUGAAUAUGCUGCUCUUCAGAAGGAAGGUCUCCUAUUCACUGAUCAUACUUACAACCUCAUCUUUGAUUCUUAUGCCAGUCUUCGCCGUGAUGGCACUCCUUUGACCCCAAUGUUGAAAAUUUACGAUGAGAUGCUCCGCUCUGAUAUCCAGCCCAGUAGUUCCACAUACACUAUACUCAUCCGUACCUUGUGUAAGCGUGAUGUCGAGGUCCAAAAGGUGAUUGCCAUGCUGAAGCGCCAAAAUGCUCGCUCUUCCAGCCAUCAAAACAAGUCGAAUAACAUGGCUGAAUUGGAAUCUGAGGAAAACUUGCAAAAGGCUUUGGUUAUCUUUGACGCUGCCGUAUCUGAAAACCUUGUGCAAUUCUUUGAUGUCGAGCUCUAUAAUCAGAUCUUACGUGUAUUGUCGCACUAUGGUAAUACUGAGCAAUCACUCCAUGUCUAUCAGCAAUUAGAGCUCCAUUCCAUCCCCACAUCUGCUACAUUUGCUGCCCUCAUCAAUUUGUUUGGCCGUGUUGGUGAUUUACCCUCUGCUUUGGUCUAUUUUGAUAAAUACACGCAACUUAAAGACAGUGUUGGUCCUCAUGAUGCUUCUUAUGUUUACAAUGCUCUUGUUGAUGCCCACCUCAAGUGCCACCAUCUUGAAGGUGCUCUCAAGAUUGUUCAAGAAGACAUGUUAUCCGGCGAUGUCAAGGUCUCUACUAUCCCUUACAACUCCAUCAUCCGCUACUACUGUAUCAAGAACCAACUGGAUCAAGCCAAAGAGCUCAUUGCUUCCAUGAAGGCCUCUUAUCCUCAGCCUGAUGCUAGCAGCUAUGGCCCUGUCCUCUCCUCUUACUGCCAAUUGGGUCUCUACAAGGAAGCUACUGAGAUGUAUCAAGCUCUUAUUCAAACUGAUAUCUCCAAGUCUUAUGGUAACUUGGCCAACUAUGCCUUGUUAUGUCUCAAGGAUGCUAGCAACAGCAGCAAGGUAAUUGAGGUAGUUAAUGAUAUGCGUCAUGCCGGUCUUGAGCCUGAUUCCAUCUUGGCUGAGCGCAUUGUUACUCACUUUGCCAAACAUGGCCAAGUUGCUGAUGCUAUUACUGCUCUUCAUUGUGUUCUCGAGGCUAUGAAGGCUCGCUCUCUUUCCAAGGGUAUAGCUCAAAUCAAGAAUGCUUCUAUUCAAGUGGCUGCUGCUGCCAAGGGCUGUUUCGAACAAACAUUGCAAGUUGCUCGUAUGAUGACUCCUCACUGCCCUCAUGGUUUGCCUGUUCAGUUAGCGAAGACUUUGAUUGAGGACUAUGAGUUUGAUGCUAACCAUGGCAUUGUCAACCAAUCUGACUACGCCAUCUUGUUUGAUGCCUCCAUCACCAUUGCCUCUGAUGCUUCUCGCAGCAAGUCUUCUCUUUCUCCUACCAACAUCUUUGUCUUUUGCCUUCAGUCCGAAAUGACGAACAAGAACUUGAAGGUGUGCCCCAGUAUCAAGUCUCGUGUCUCUGCCUACUUUAAUCGUAUUGGUGACAAAAAGGCUGCCCACAAGUGGGAUGCUCUUUUCAACAAGGUGGAAGGUUUUGCUGCCAUUGUUGCCAACCCUGCUUCUGCUGGCACUGUCUCUGAAUCUGAGGAUGCUUCUGCUGCUGUCAUGAAGGCUGCUAUCCACGGUCAAUUGGAAGAGUCGCUUGAUAUCUUCCGUACUCGUAUUAUUGAUGCUCACUUGGUGCCUACUGCUGAGCCUCUUCGUGAUGCCAUUGCUUUUGUUGGCAAGCAAGGACAUCUGGACGUUGCUGUAACCAUGUACCGUCUUGCUAUCAAAUGCUUCAAGGAAUCUGGUUUGGACUCUCAACGCAUGGAACGUGCCAUCUACAUGAUGACAAACAGUAUUCUCAUUGGUUAUGCUCAGCAAGGCGAUAUGGUGAAUGCCAAAAAAUACUACGAACAAAUCAAGUUGAUGGGUCGCUAUCCUGAUGGUAACGGCUAUGCUAGUUUAUUGCUUGGUAGUGCCAAGUGUGCCACUGAUGAAGCCACUGAUGCUUUGACCAUUUACGAUGAAGCCAAGCGCCGCGAUGUCAAGCCUACUACUUUCUUUUACAACGUUGUUAUUUCUAAGCUGGCCAAGGCUCGCAAGUUGGAUGCUGCCAUGAAGCUCUUUGAGGAGAUGCAACAUUUCAAGGUGAUGCCCAACUCUAUUACUUAUGGUGCUAUUAUCUCUGCCUGUGUCCGUGCUGGUUCUGAACCCUUGGCUCGAAAACUGUUUACUGAAAUGCUGGCUUCUCCCUCCUUCCAACCUCGUGUGGGUCCAUUCAACAAUAUGAUUCAAUUCUAUGUUCGCCAACAACCUGACCGCGAAUGUGCCUUGGAAUACUUUGCUGAACUGCGUCGCCGUCAUAUCAAGCCCUCUGCUCAUACCUACAAGCUUUUGAUGGAAGCCUAUUCCUUGAUUGCCCCCUAUGAUAUGCCUACUGCUCACCGCAUGUUGAGCGAUAUGGAACGUUGCGAUCACAUUCGUCCUCAAGCCACUCAUUAUGCUACGUUGAUCUACUCUUAUGGAACUCUCCAACGUGAUGUCAAGAGCGCUGAUCGCGUCUUUCAAGAUAUGGAUGACAAGCAUGUAGCCAAGGAUGAGGUUGUGUACCAAGCUAUGCUCGACACGCUUGUAAGCAAUGACCAGUUGACUCGUGCUGAGCAACUUUAUAGCAAGAUGCAAACUGUUAUUGAAAAGAGCACUUCUCCUUAUAUCGAAAACGUCUUUAUCCGUGGGUAUGGGCAAAAAGGCCUCUUGGAAAAGGCAAAGGCUAUGUUUGAUGCUAUGACAGACGACAAGAUCACCAAUGACCAACCCUCCUCCUGCACUGUGAUUCGCGAACCUAGUACCUAUGAAGCCAUGGUACGUGCCUAUGUUGAUAACAAGAUGAUGGCUGAAGCCAAGGAGAUCUUUGAGUUGAUGCUCAAACGUGAAUUCCCUGAAAAGGUUACUGCUUUGGUAGCUGAACUGAUUACCGCCUAA